UCACGAGUAUAGAAUGCUGCAUAUUAAGUUCGGUGCUCCUUGAUCUGCGAUAAUAGAAUUAUCAAGGUUGCUGAAAGCAUUAUAAGGAAAUUCAAGAUCAUAAGGUCACCGAAAUGACUACGUAAUAUGAUUUUAGAGUCAUCCACGUAGCAUCAACAUGAUUAAGAAGCUGGUCCUUUGCGUAUUCAUCGCUUGGAUUACUCAGGGUACCUCCUUUGAUGUAGCAAAGGUCUUAUUAGAGAAACAACUGCAGGAUCAAACAUGUGUGAAAGAGUUAAACUUCGACAGUACUCACUUAUCUAAUAUCUUUGACGAAAACUUUAUCGUAAGGCGCCCAAUCCAUCCCAAUACAAUCGAAUUUUACGAAUGUAACAUUCGUAAAUUCCAUUUGAUUAAGGCAGAUGGCCAGUUAAACCGUGAACCUUUAAUUGAUAAGUUGGUUCGGCUAGGUCCACUUCUGCUGAAGGAUAAAAUUGACGAUUGCGCGGCGCAUGAUCUCUGGCAAACGCUGUAUAACAGUUGUAGCGCUGCGAAGGGUACUAGCCCUUUAGAGAAGAUUAUCGACUUUCACGAUUGUGUAAUAAUUGAGCUGGCGAAAUUAUCCAUUACUGAAUAGGUAAUGUUGCAACCUAAUUGCCCUUUUGUAUUUUUGUGGUAAGCGUAAGAUGUUAAAAUAAAAAAUUCAUGCCAAA